AUGGCAGAGGCAAAUACAGUGCACCAAGUCGUCGUACCCGCUCCGGCCCCGAUGGGUAAGGAAACGAUCCUUCUGAGUGAGGGAUGGCAGUACAAAGCGAGCGACAGCGAAACAUGGUCCGACGCCCAGCCUCUUCCGACAUCUGUUCAUCUCGAUCUUCUGGCCGACGGCAGCAUCCCUGAUCCAUUUUACGGCAAGAACGAGGAGCUCGUGCAGUGGGUGGCGACCAAAACAUGGAUCUACAAGAAAGAGUUUCGGGUCCCCGUCGAAUUGUUGCGCGAUAGCGGCCAGAACAUCGGCCUCGUCUUUGAGGGACUGGAUACAUAUGCGACCGCCACACUAGAUGGAGAGACGAUUCUCGAAGCCAGUAAUAUGUUCCUGGGUCAUCGGGUUGAUAUCACGUCGCUUGUCGCCAACGGUGAAGAAAGAGUGCACACUCUCCAAAUUACAUUCCAUAAUGCGGACGAAAGGGCUGGCGAGGAGGUCAAGGCCCAUCCAGAACAUAGCUGGUUUAGUUUCCACUUUGGGCAGCAGCGACUGGCUGUGAGGAAAGCACAAUAUCACUUUGGCUGGGACUGGGGUCCAGUCCUCAGAGAUAGUGGACCUUGGAAGCCAAUCUAUCUUGAAGUAUAUCAGGCGCGAAUUGUCGACCUUUCAAUCAAGACACGCUUGACACCGGACAACAAAGAAGCAACACUCGACGUCGCGCUUGAUAUAGAAGGCAAGGCGGGAUAUGCAAGAAUUAAUAUCGAGAGCGAGGGAUCCAUUGUCGAAUCUCGUACGAUCGACUUGACCAGCUCCACGAAAUCAACAACGAUCCGAAUCCGCAAUCCCAGCCUGUGGUGGCCAUGGACCCUCGGCGCACAGAACCUCUACACCGCAAGAGCCACGCUCUUCGCCAGUAAAGACAGCACCACCGAGCACGACACCAAAGUGAAAAGAUUCGGCAUCCGCAACAUCGAGCUCGUCCAGCAACCCCUCCACGGCCAGGACGGAACCAGCUUCUUCUUCCGCGUCAACGGGGUCUGCAUCUUCGCCACAGGUUCGUGCUGGAUCCCACUGGAUUCAUUCGUCACUCGCGGGACGUCCGAGAGAUAUCGCCGCUGGAUCAAGCUGGCCAAGGAUACGAACCAGGUUAUGCUGCGCGUAUGGGGCGGUGGGAUCUACGAGCAUGAUGCCUUUUUCGACGCGUGCGACGAGCUGGGACUGCUGGUUUGGCAUGAUUUCAUGUUCGCCUGUGGAAUUUACCCGGCAUAUUCGGCUUUCGAAGAGAGUGUUACCACGGAAGUGCGGCAGAAUCUCGUUCGUCUGCGACAUCAUCCUUCUAUUGCGUUGUGGUGUGGGAAUAACGAGGACUAUGCAAUUGCAUAUAUCGCGCAGAUGCUCCGUGGUGUCGCCAAAUAUGACCCCUCUGAAAUGGAUGUCGAGAGGAUCAGGCAGUCGGGUAUGCCUGCGCGGUUAUUUUACGAGAUUCGCCUGCCGGAACUAUGCAAAGAGCUCAUCCCUGAUGUUCCGUACUGGCCAGGCUCACCGUACGGAGGAGCUUUCUGCAAUGAUACGACGGUUGGUGACAUUCACCAGUGGCAUGUUUGGCAUCUGGACAAGAAGCCCUACCAGGACUAUCCGCGACUCAGCGGGAGGAUGGUCACGGAAUUCGGCCUGCAGGCAAUUCCGCAUUGGAAGACCGUGAAGCAAUAUUAUUAUACAGGCGACAAGAGCCCAUCGCUGGAUGAUGAUACAGACUACACUGCAGACGACUUCAUGUUAUACCACAACAAGGCUGAAAAGGGCCCUGCAGACAUAGAAAAGUACUGCACGGAUAAUAUUCCAUUCGACCGGAGCCUCCGCGGCUACAUGUAUUGCUCGCAAUUGAUUCAGUCCGAAGGCCUCGGAACAGCUCUGCGUGGCUGGCGCCGUCUCUGGAAAGGUGAAGGCCGAGAAUACUGCGGUGGUGCGCUGGUGUGGCAGUUGAACGACUGCUAUCCGGUAUCCUCCUGGGCAAUAGCCGACUGUGACCUGCGGCCGAAAAUGUCAUACUGGACAGUCAAGCGCGAGAAUCAGCCGGUCACAGCUGGUCUCGUCCGCAACCUGAGAGAAGACGGCUCACUGGAGGUGGAGGCUUGGGCGUGCAACAUGACGCUUCACGCGCUUCCUGUCAACUAUCGAGUUCGCGCGUGGAACGUGCGCACAGGACAGACGUGUUGGACUCACUCUGUAUUAGCCACGGUCGAGCUCCCCCCGAAUCAGAGUACUGAACUCUGGACGGUUCAGCUGGAUGCUGCUCUAGGGGUCGAGAGCAACUGGAGUGAGCUUGUGUUUGCUGUAUACCUUUUCUCCGCCGACGAAGAAGCUUCCGCCAGUGAUGAAAGCGCAGCCGACCGUAUGCUUGCACGACAUGUGAAUUUCCACGAACCGCUAAAAGAGGUCCCAUUUGGCAUGCAGGAAAACAGGGUCACAGCCAAGCUGAUUGAGGAGGAAGGGAGAACAUUCCUUGAGCUGUGCUCCUCGGUCCCAACCAAAGGAGUGUACUGCGAUUUUGAGGAUGACAACUCGGUGGAGUGGGUAGAUAACUGCGUGGAUAUCGUGCCCGGAGAAGCUAGCAAGCUAUAUAUGACAGGGUUGAAGAAUGAGCCAGGAAACUCGGUCAGGGUAUACUGGCUCGGGGAGACAAGUUGGCAAAGUCAAGUUAUUACCUUAGCAUAA